AUGUCGGUGGAGAUCAACGGCAUCGUCUAUGCAGGUGUAUUACAGCAGCACCUGAUAGCUUCCAUCAGGAACGAGGAUGCACUAAGGCCCACACAAAGACAGAACAAAGUGCCUGUCCCUGACCCCAAGAGCUUCAGCACAAAGCCAGAGCCAACAGCUGGCUACAGCCAGUGGGACCAACUCCAGCAGAAGAUCAUCUGCCCUGGGGUGGUGACCUGCCUGACCGCGUCCCCCAAUGGUCUCUACAUCCUGGCAGGCAUUGCGGAGAGCAUCUAUCUGUGGGAGGUCUCCAGCGGGAACCUCCUCGCCAUCCUGAACCGCCACUACCAGGACCUCACGUGCCUGUGCUUCACUGACGACAGCAGCCACUUCCUCUCGGGGGCCAAGGACUGCCUGGUCCUGGUGUGGAACCUUUACAGGUAUGCUGACCCCAGGGAGGGGAGGCUCUGGGAAAUCUCCUCGGGCGAGCUCCUGCUCUCCGUGCUCUUCGACGUGGGCAUCAUGGCGGUGACCCUUGACCUGGCCGAGUAUCACAUGUUCUGCGGCGGCAUGGACGGCUCCAUCUUCCAGGUCGACCUCUGUGCCUGGCUCUGGGAAAUCUCCUCGGGCGAGCUCCUGCUCUCCGUGCUCUUCGACGUGGGCAUCAUGGCGGUGACCCUUGACCUGGCCGAGUAUCACAUGUUCUGCGGCGGCAUGGACGGCUCCAUCUUCCAGGUCGACCUCUGUGCCUGGCCUGUUCAGAGAGACCGGGCCUUCCAGUCGGAGCGGGAGAACGGGAAGAUCUUCAAGGGGCACAGGAACCAGGUGACCUGUCUGUCCGUCUCCACGGACGGCAGCCUGCUGCUCUCCGGCUCACACGACGAGACCGUCCGGCUGUGGGACAUCCAGAGCAAGCAGUGCCUGCGGACGAUGAAUCACAAAGGCCCGGUUACAAACGCCUUCAUUGUGAUGGCCCCAGCCAGCAUGUGUAACCCGGACAGCAAGCCCAGCGUGCCGCUGCCCAAGUUCAGCAAACACCUGCACGGGACGGAGAGCGGCGAGGAGCCAGGAUCCGAGGGGGUGACGGGGCGUCUCGGUGUUUCCUUGCAGGGAGCCGGGGAGAGCUACUUGGAAAAGGCCGAGCGGUUGUACUCGCAGAUGUGCUCGACGAGGGAAAAGAACCUGAUGGGAGACCAGGAGCAGCUGAAGAUCCAAGUGACGGAGUUGGAGGACGAAGUCAGCACCCUCCGGAAGAUCAAUAAGAACCUCUUUGACUUCUCUGCCCGCAUCAUCACCAAGUCGGCCAAGUGAGCCCCCCGGCGCGCCUCCGCCCGGCCCUGUGGUGUGCUCAGCCGUGCGGCAAGCCCAGGGGCUUGGGGCUCGUGGACGCAGGAGGCAGGCAGCCCACGUGACCAUGGGAUCGCCGGGGAAAUGCACCGCACCUGGAGAGCAAAGGGGCAGCAGCGUGUCCCUGCCGGCAUCCACACGCACGCUCAGACCAGCACGUGGGGGCAGGACGGCACGUGCCACCAGACGUGCAUGGUCCGUGCUGUCACGUGGCCGUUUUCACGUCGGCGUGAGCCGGGGGCUCGGCUGAGGGUGAGCAGGAGGUCGGCUUGGACUGCCGAGAAUGGAGACCCUAAGGGGAGCUGUGGGGAGAGGGGAGGCAGGAGACAGACACAAGGACACGGCCCUUCUCUUCCCCCCACGCCCCUUCUCCUCCUCGGCCGUGGCGCGAGACAGGCUGGCGGGGGGGCUGAGACGAGUCCCUCUCCCUUCCCCUGCCCCGAGAAGACACGCUGCCCCCCUCCCCCCCCGGAUCCUCUGCGCUGAACUGCUUGGCUGAGGGGUGGGCUCAGAAUCCCCCAUUGGCACCAAAUCUGGGAGGGAAAAUCAGAGCCCAGGCCAACGGGAUGCCCGUGCCUGUGACAAGCCCCGAUUUCCCCUCCUCCCACC